ACAAGAACCCCUCAAAAUUGAUCAGUGGAAAGACAAGAAGAGAGCAAGUAUGCUCCAAUGCCAAGUGUUCUCUGUGCCCCAAAAUUGCCCAGCCUUUAGGAGUAACAUUGUAUACAAGUUGAGUUUAAGGCUGACACUGCAUUAUUCAUAAUGGGGACACCCCUGGAUAUUCCCCUAGAGCUGGGAAAGACGUCAUUAACAUAAACAUUACCUAAUACUUUACUAUGCUGCCAGAUCAGCACAGCAUUACUCGAGUCUCAACAUUUUCGACACUUACAUACGUGCCAAUGUAUUGCACAAUCCCCAAGACAGUAUGCACUUCGUAUGUACGUCACUGCACGUCAAAUUACAUGCCAUAUAUGCAACAACAGUUACAUCAUCAUUCUCUAUAAAUUAAGAACGGAGGUUUUAGUAGUUGCAAGGAAGAUAUUGUCACCUCAAGAGAUAGAAAAACUAUAGACUGAUAGCACAGUGUCUGCAAAGAAGCCAGGAUGUCUUACAAGAGAGAGGAGCAGUUUCUGAGGGACCAACGCCAGCUGUCGUUUGACAACAGUGCAAGUUCAAGUGAAGAUGAAGAGAUAGAUUAUGAGCAGCAGUGGACCAGAGGUGGUCCACAAGGAGCCAACAACACUUGUGAGGUGCCAGGCUGUACGACUCCAAACGAUCGCGUGCAGCCCGUUCAGACAUGCAGUGGCACUGAGUACCGUUGCUACAACCAUCGAUCUUCCUGCACCCUCUCUGCCGAAUGAGGACUAAAACUUAUCCCGAACACAAUGCUUGAAUUGGCUAUUAAUUAAGGGGUAGAUUGACAUGUAGUCUGUAUUGUAGUUAUUUCUGAACAAACUUCCCCGGCACUGCUGGUAAAGCAGUUUGUUUAAAUAGAGACGAACACCACACAUGAAUAUAACAGUGGAGCUCUUAGGAGAAUUGAUGGAGUUCAUCUAGUGGGGCAAGGGCAUAAUUUGUGAAUUCUUUGCCCAUUUUCACUUCUUUACAUUGACAUGGAAGUUCUUUGCCAACGUUUACAUAAGCUCUUCACACUUAACACUGCAUAACUUAGCAAGGGAUAUACCUGGGUAUGCCCCUAAUUAAUACACUAUUUCGCCAUUGGUAUUGCACAAUGUACAUUCCAUUCGAAAGAACAAACAAAAUCUAACACCCAGGGAAAACAGGUGCAAGUUACAAACAACAACUGUAGGCUAGAGGAGGAACAUGUCUGGGAUUGUUUUGUAGACUCAGGAGAGAGACGGACCAGGUAAUAAACCCCAGUGAUCACAGGGUCUCAAUGUACAUGGUCGAUUACAGCCUAUAAAUCUGUAUGGUUCUGAUGAAGACAUAUGUUCUAUAUUAGUCUCCUUCAUGAACCCAUCAAAGAAGAAGACAAGAACAGAGCAUAAGAGUAAUGCCAACAUGCCAAAUGCCCUGUGUACUUCACACAAAGGACCUUGUCAGCCACAUAUUGCCCAGCCUCUAGGAGGCUGCUUCGAUAACAUGGCGUACAAGUUGUGUUUAACGCCGACACUGCAUUAUUCAUAAGGGGAUAUCCCUGGAUAUUUCCCUACAACCGAGAGCGACAUCAUGAACAUAAACAGUAAACACACUUUCACUCUGCUGCCAGAUCAGCACCGCAUUACUCGAGUUUCAACAUUUUGGACACUUGUAUACGUACGUGCCAAUGUAUUGCACAAUCUGCAAGACAGUAAGCACUUUGUACGUAUGUCACGCACUGUACGUCACAUGCCAUAUAUGCAACAACAGUUACAUCAUCAUUCUCUAUAAAUUAAGAACGGAGGUUUUAGUAGUUGCAAGGAAGGUAUUGUCACCUCAAGAGAUAGAAAAGUGAGUUCAACAAGAGAAGUAUUGCAUGCAGUAAUACAGAAGUAGAUUGCAGGCAGUAAUACAGAAGAAAGUAGUCCAGAAAGUCAGAUAGUGUGUAUCUCACUGUUCGUAGACUAUAGACUGAUAGCACAGUGUUCACAAAGAAGCCAGGAUGUCUUACAAGAGAGAGGAGCAGGUUAUUAUUAGUGCAAUGGUCGCAUGGUCAACAAGGCAAAAUUUGUAUUACAUCUACACAGUUUCUGAGGGACCAACGUCAGCUGUCGUUUGACAAAGUAAGUUAUAAGACUGUAGCUUCCAGUCGGUUAUAUUAUGCACUUGUAAACACUUGAUUCAUAGAGUGCAAGUUCAAGUGAAGAUGAAGAGAUAGAUUAUGAGCAGCAGUGGACCAGAGGUGGUCCACAAGGAGCCAAUGACGAA